GAGACUUGGAUUCGAACACUCGCUCGAAGGCCCCGUUAAAGGCUGUAGUUCUAAAGAGUCGCUCCAAGUGAACAGAAACAAGCUCAUUCCGUCUCCACGAUAUAUUUGGGUAAUAUCAUUUUUUGUGGUGCCCGGCAUCCAGACCGGUAAAAGUGAAUAAGCUUGGCGAAGAACUCAACUCAUGGCAAUGUCUUCUUGAACAUAAAAUAGAGCGGGAAAAAACUAGAGAGACACAGUUCAGUUGGUCUGAUUAAAUGCAAUUUUUAUCUGCACUCCGAAAAUCUCGAGGUUGAAAAAUCCCCAAGUAUCUCAACAAAAAAAAGUUACCAGCAACGCAAGAACAAAAAGCUUCGAAAGUUGAGAUCAAAGAGGCAGAUUAGAGGCCAACAAUCUGGAACCGACUGUUUGGCUCUUAAGGAAAUUCAUUCCGAGGCUAACAAGUUCAAUUAAGGGAGCCCGAUAGCUCACAACAUCCUUCGACAAGGCCAAGUCAAAGGCCACAAGGCCAGCUUCAGAUUUCAAAUCUCUUCGGCCUUCUUUCUGGUCGUACCGAGGAGUUCAUCUUGUCUUCGGGCAAACCUUGUUUUCAAGCUCGUCUUGGGUGUCCGGAGGAGGCUCAUUAAACGCGAAGAGAGUGCCUCCGUUUUUCCGCCUCACUAUCCACUUUAGGCCUGGCUUUGGGCUGUUGUUGGCUUUAGGAACUUGUUCUGCUAUCUUAGUGUGUUUAUGUGGACUUUUUCAUGGAGAUUGGUGGACCUUGCACGUCACGCUAGUGGACCAUUCCUUCCAUUCGACGGAAUUCGACUGAGUGAUUAGUGGGUUAACCUCUUUUGAAGAUCUCCGUAGAUCUAAGAAAAAUCCAUAAGGUGUGACAUAAAUCCCCCAAAAUGGCCUCAUUCGACUACUUAGAGACUCCCAACGAGACCAUUGCGUCCGACAGCGAGGACCAAGCCUACUACUACGACAACAUCACGUCUGAGGUGAUGACGCACCAAUGUUUUGACAAUGGAAGUCUCAUGAUUCCGUUUCAAAUCGGGUCCAACAACAUGUCGAUCUCCGAGGCUGCCAAGCUCCAUCCCUUGGGCGAAUGUUGGUACGAAGGGCGUUGCUACUACAUCAAUUGUUCCACGUGGAAUGGGCCUCCAAACCUGACCGUGCCAAUUUAUGGAUAUGCCAUGCCACUCAUUUUGGCGGUGACGUUUCUCUCCAACAUCCUGAUCAUCAUUGUGUUAAGCAAGAAGCACAUGAGGUCGCCCACGAACCUGGUACUCAUGUCCAUGGCCAUUUCGGAUCUCUUAACCGUUAUUUUUCCUGCUCCAUGGUAUUUCUACAUCUACACUUUGGGCAACGUCGAACCAAUCACAAACCGAGAAACGGGCUAUGCCUACGAGGCCAUGUUAGAAAACAUGCCCCAGAUUUUCCACACGGCCUCGAUCUGGUUAACCUUAUGCUUGGCGGUUCAACGGUACAUCUAUGUUUGCCACGCCCCCAUCGCUCGCACUUGGUGCACCAUGGUCAAGACUCGCAAAGCCAUCGCCUGGAUCUUCGUCUUGGCGUUCCUUCAUCAGACAACCAGGUUCUUUGACAAAAAGUUUGAAGACAUGACCAUCGAGUACCCAAUUUGCAGCGGAGAGUUCAUCAACAUUUGCAAAGUGUCGUUUGCCGAUUGGGUUGUUUACGACGUCUCCAUGGAUUGGUACUUCAUCACAUUUUGGUGGUUCCGGGUUUUAUUUGUUCACCUGAUUCCGUGCGUGUCAUUGGUCAUUCUGAAUAUUCUGCUCUUUCGAACGAUGAAAGAGGCGGAACGGAAAAGGGAACGCCUCCUUAAUUGCAAGCAGAAGGUCCUAAAGGGAGAAUCCCGAGAAUCCAAGAAGCUCCGAGACUCCAAUUGUACCACGCUCAUGCUAAUCGUUGUUAUCACGGUGUUCCUGGCGGUGGAGCUCCCCUUGGGCAUCAUCACAAUCAUGCACAUCAUGUCCUCGACCAUUUAUGAUUUCCUCAAUUAUGAUCUCGUCAAAUCGACAAUACUCAUCGUGAACUUGUGCAUCUGUCUCUCGUACCCGCUGAAUUUCGGAAUCUAUUGCGGAAUGUCGCGCCAAUUCCGCGAGACCUUCAAGGAGCUCUUCAUGCAGGGGGUGAGUGUGACUCGGAGAACCAAUCACACAUCCGCCGUGACCGGAACUCAUGCGGGAAAUGGAGGCUUUCAGACGUUGGAAGCCACCUCAACCCAUCCAGUGGUUACGAAGGCCACUCUCAAUGGACGGAAAUCCACCACCACAACUUAUGUUCCACCAACUCAAGAUGAGACCCAUUUGUAGCUCCCAGGUCUGGAACAGGCAAACAACAGACAAGAAAAAAGCCAGGUUCCAACAAGGCGAAAACUUGGGGUUACACAGGGUUCCACUUUGGGUGAGACCUGAAUAUUCGUGAAAUCAAGAAUCAAUUGGAGAUAGAAUGUUGUCAAAGAAGCCCUCUUUUAUCCCUCUGUAAAAUAAUUUGAAUCCCAAGUGAUCAUCUCAUUUAUUGUUUAAGAACCCCCUGUGUAUGCCCCGAAUGGGAAUUUGGAUGGUUUUGUCCAAUCUUUCAUGACACUCUGAGCCCAAAUCAUGGAAGAAAGUCCACAUCACCAAUCUCAAUGGGAAACAAAUUCAUUCGUGUUGUUUAUUGUGUGCUUUGUAGAUUGAAAAUGUGAAAGUUUAUAUAGUGUGAUGUCAAAUUAUAGCGUUGAUACUCACCAGAGGGCGUAACUGAGGGUGCUUUUCCUCUGUCAUAGAACACGACCUCUAGCGGUUUGUCAGGUAGAUUUGUUUUGAAAGGCAUUGCUUGAAACUUGUUUAUUGAUUGUCAUGUUAUUUAUGAAGAUUAUAAGAACUUGUUUGCGAAUAAUGGUUGAAAAAUAAAGAAAAACAUAUUUCUUUCA